GGAGCGCAGGAAGCUGAGUCCCGGGGCCAGACUAGAGGGCAGAGCCGGCUGAGGGUACUCCUAACCUGGCCGGGCCAGGCUCUAGGGUGGAGAGGGUGAAAGUGCCGAUCGUGGGGCCGAGGGCCUCGCGGGACCACGAGCCCUCCGCAACCCAGGUACAAGGGCUUUCGCGACACGAAGAGGAAUCGCACCCUCGUCUGCGGGAAGCCGCUGGCUGUGCGUCUGGGCUUCAUCAUCACCUUCGAGGUGAAACAGAAGUUAUUUACUCCCUAGAGUUGUUGUGAGGAUUAAUUGAAUGAAUCCCCGGAACCCCUCAGAAUAGUGCCUGGCAGCACCGACUCAAUAGACAUGAGUUUGAGUAAACUCCGGGAGUUGGUGAUGGACAGGGAAGCCUGGCGUGCUGCAGUCCAUGAGGUCGCAAAGAGUGGGACACGACUGAGCGACUGAACAACGAAGAGCCUUGUACUUCGUAAGCGCUUGGCAGAGUAAGAUCGCUAAAGCCAUCGUUCUCUUUCACCGCUCCCUUCUCCCCAGCAUCUCAUCGCCUGGUUCGUGCUCGACCUGCUAGCCUCCCUGGCUACCUAGGAGAUUGCAUUGCCUGGCUCAGGGGCCAUGCUGGCAUCGCCCCCUGAGGACCUGGCUGUGACCCCAGAGCCCCCAGGGUGGCCUGGAGCCCGGGACCGCGCUGGAGGCUGGACGGAGCUCCCUGGUUGAGGUAGGGCCCCCCGGCUGCCAGCAGCCCCAUCCUCCUCCCACCAGUCUUCCCAGCGAGUCCUUUGUGCAGCCUCCCAGGCCUCUGAUCCUGGCCCCCACACGCUGGUGGCCUCUUGGGCUUCCACAGCCUGCGUGGCCUGAGUCUCCUUUCCAGCCAUGACCUCCCACUUGGCUCCCUCCAUUGAGAAGAAGAGGGGCCCUGCAGGGCCCCAUUCCUCGGGCAGCAGGGCAAGGGGCACCAUGCAGGGGGCAGGGAAAAGCUGGGCAUAGGAGGUCAGAGAUGCUUUCUCCGGACCAUACCAGCAUCUAGGGCCCUCUCUGCCAGCCUUGAGGAGUGGGUCCAUUGUCCUUGUGAUGAGUACCCCGUGGAUGGGACCCUCUGUCGACUUAAAAAAAAAAAGGCACAACCUGAGAGUUGUGAGUUACGUUUUAUUUGGGGCAAUAUAAGGACUGCAGCCCUGGGAACAGUUUCUCAGAGCUGCUCUACAGGCGGGGACACUCGUGCCCAGGCCCAGUCUAUGGUUCGUCUCAAGCCACUCAGCUGGUCAGCGUCCGCCCAGGGCUUGGCGUGUUGGCAGGGGCGCUCCCCUGUGGGCUCCCUUGCCUAGCGGGCACCCGAGGAUCCUGUGAUCAGGUCUUGAGCAGGGUUACCUGGGACCAGUCUCUUCCUGGGAGGUUUUUUUUUGGGUCUAGGAGAAGGAAAUGGCAACCCACUCCAGUGUUCUUGCCUGGAGAAUCCCAGGGAUGGGGGAGCCUGGUGGGCUGCCGUCUAUGGGGUCGCACAGAGUCGGACACGACUGAAGCGACCUUAGCAGCAGCAGCAGCAGAGAUAAGCUAUAAACACUCUAGCACUGAGGUUGAGUGGACCACAUCCAUGGAAGGCCACAGAGCUGGGAUCCUGGCUGGAUGGUCACUCUCAUUGUCCCUUGGCCUGGGCAGAGAUGGAGGCUAACCCACCCCUGACCUCCUCCCCGGGGACCUGCCUCCAGCUUUGUCUCCUCCAAGGAAGCCUUGCAUGUCUCCCUCCAUUUACCCAGCCUUCUCUUCUGAGGCUUUAGUAUGGGGUGCUCCUUGGAAUUCCCUGGCAGCCCAGUGGGUAGGACUCAGCACUUCCACUGCACGGGGCAUGGGUUCGAUCCCUGGUUGGCGAACUAAGAUCCCACAUGCUGUGUAGAGUGGCCAAAAAAAAUCUUUUUUUAAUAUGAGAUGCUCCUGCCCCCACGUUCCAUGUUUUGCUCAUUUAACCCUGCAGCUGACAUGGGGAGGGGGCUUCCAGAACCCAAGUGGAGAGACUCUCCCAGAAUAUGAGGGAACAGAAGCACACGCGUGUUCCUGCACAGGCGUGCCGACAGAAGCAAGUGGCGCUUCUGUGUGAAGGACUGCUGAUUCCAGCGGGAAAAGAGACCUAUGUGGUGGCAGUGGUCCCCCGUGUCUCCUGCCACAUGCUCCUACAACCCAGGGUGUGUCUCAGCGUCACUGCCUCAGUUUUCCUACCUGUGUAAUGGCUCAAGCCAUCCUUGUGACUAGAGAAAGACUAAGGGUACUCAGAAGCGUGACGAUCAACUACAAAGCUCCCACUCUGUGCAAGGUGCUUUACAUGCAUUAUUCUUUUUUUUGGCCACACCACACAGCAUGCAGGAUCUUAGUUCCCAGGGAAGUCCCCUUGCAUUAUUCUUAUUUUUUUAAUCUUUAUUUUUGCCUGUGUUGGGUCUUAGUUGCGGCACAUGGAGUCUUCCUUUGCUGCCUGCGGGCUUCUCUCUGGUUGUGGCGAGUGAGGAGCAUGUGGGCGCUCUAGGUGAGGCGCAUGGACGGGCUUUAGUACCCCCUGCCCCAGGCACAUGGGAUCUUAGUUCCCUGACCAGGGAUCAAACUCGCAUCUCCUGCAUUGGAAGGCAGAUUCUUAACCCCUGCGCCACCAGGGAAGUCCUCUUAAUUCUCCUAUCAGCAUUUUGAAGCAUGACUAUCCUGUUCACCAGAUGAGGAAACAGACAGACUUGCUCCCUGUGGGGAGGGCCCAGAGAAGUCCAAGGUGCUUAGGAGCAGCCCCACCCUGUGCUCCAGGCAGGGGGUGGAGAGAGAAGGGGAAGCCGGCAGAGAGGCUGCACUCAGGGGGGCCCGGGCACAGACCAGCGGCCCCCACUGGAUCUUCCCCUUCUUCCCUCCCCCGCAGGCUCACUGACACUGUGGCUGUUGGCUUUCAUGGCCUUCUCCCUCUCUCUGUGUACUGGACCCCUGGGUAUUCCAAUCAGGACCGUUUGCUAUCACUUCCUUCAGGAAGCCUUCCGGGAAUGCCUGGGUCGAGAUGAGCCCAGCCCUCUGCUUUGACACUUCCUCUGGGCUGGUUCUUUCCAACCUGGAUUGUAACUGUUUUUGUUUUGGCUUCCCCACGAGACUGGCAAUCCUGCAGGGCAUGAGACAUUUGCCCAUCUGUCUCCUCCGGUUUUUCUGGGCUUCACAUCUGUCUCUGAGCAUCUGGUUUGUCUGAAAUGUUCAGUGUCUCUGUCUCUGUCUCCAUCUCUGGGCUCCUGAAUGUCUCAGCAUCUGUGGUUUUCCGGUUUGGAGUGCUUUGGGGUCUCGGUUUCUGGGUCGCUCUCUAAAGCAUCCCUGUCCUCCAGCCUCAGCCCCUUGGUCUCUCCAGCUCUGUCUCCUGAGUCUCCCAGCCCUGCCAGGCAGGCGCUGCCCAUUUGGCCUGAGCGGGCCUCUGGGGAGGGGUGCAUCCUUGCUGCCCGGCCUGCCCACAGCGAGGCCAGGCCCCGGGAGGCCCCCGCCCAGCCUGCUGCCUGUUCCCUCCCUCCCUACCCCUCUGCCUCACCACAGGGCUUGAUGAAUCAAACUCUUUGUCUGGGUGGGAUCUCCCCAAGCCAGCUGGGCAGAGAGAGGGCUUCCCCUGCCGGAGCAGCCAAACACCAUCCACGGCGGGCCUUGGUGGAGAGGUGAGGGGCUGCAGCGAGGGGCCGGGGGCCAGGGCUGGCAGACUCAGAGCCCGCUCACCGGUAGGCCUGUCCCGAGGCUCCGGCAGCCUCGCUGGGGAUGACUUCCUGCCCGAGAGGACCCACUCAGCUUGUCUUGUUCCUGGGGCUGGGAGAUGGGGUCCCCUCUCUCACCCCAAGCUGGGGGGCUGGGGCUCUUUCCUGCCCUUCUCCUGGGAGGGCCCAGCCUGUCCUGGGUGGUGGCCCGCCUGCCAAUCUGUGACCCUCCCAGCCAGCUUGGCAUGGGUGUGGGCACCACUCAGUACUGAAGCCUGCAACUCUGGGCACAGGAGGGGAGGCUGGGUGACACCAACAAGGAUCUCCAGCCUGUGUGUCUGUAUCUGCUUCAUGGUGUUGUGAGUGUGAAUGCAACAGGAGUACGAGAAAACUUGAGCGGAUAUGUAAAUAUCUGACGGCUCAGCGUGUGUUUGUGAAAGUGAGUGAAUACAUGUACUUGUAUUAAAAAAAAGUGUGUGUGUGAAUGUGUGAGCCUGUGAAUUUGGAAUGUCUGGGUGUAUCUGUGAAAGCUCGUAUGUCAGUGUCUGCAGCUGGAAGAAGAUACAUGUGGAUGUACGUGGAACAGACGCGGGUCUGUGUGGCAGCGUAUGAGAAUGUGUGUCUGAUCACAUGUCAGGGAGCUAGGAAAUGCACGAGGUGCUUAAAGGCACAGAUUCAGAGCUAGGCUGCCUGGGUUUGAAUCCUGGCCCCACUGUUUACCAGAUAAACUCUCUGUCUCACUUUCCUCACCUAUAAAAUGGGGCUAAUGACAGUAUCAGAUCAGGGGACUUCCCUGGUGGUCCAGUGGUCAAGAAUCUGGCUUCCAAUGCAGGGAACUUGGGUUCGGUCUCUGGUUGGGGAACUAAGAUCCCUCAUGCUGUGCGCCAACUUGAACCUGUGAACCACAAACUAAAAGAAAAAAAAAGCACCAACUCCGGGUUGUUGGGGCUUUAGAGGAUUAAAUGAACUACUAUGUGUAAAGUACUUGGCCUGUCAUUAAGUAAGUGCCAAGUAAGCAUUAGCCAUCACCAUAGAAUCAAGUGGGUGAGUGCGCUGUACAGAUGUGUGUGCAGGAGACUUCGUCCAGGCCUCCAGGACACGGUGCUCACUGGCCAUUGCUGUCCUGUGUGUUGCUCUGAUGCCUUCUCCCCUGCAGGCCCUGGUGGGUGGUGGAGCAAAGGAGGAAUGGACUGUGGGCCGCCCGCCGCCCUCCAGCCCCGUCUGGCUGGGCCGCCUGGCACUGCCCACCGCCCAGUGGCCAUGUGCCAGCAGGAGAGCCUGUCCUUCGUGGAGCUGCCCGUCCUGCAGCCUCCAGGCCCCAUGUGUCUGGACCUCUUCCCUGUGGCUCCGGAGGAGCUGCAGGCACCUGGCAGCCGCUGGUCUCUGGGGACCCCUGCUCCCCUCCAGGGGCUGCUAUGGCCACCGCCCCCCGGAGGCACGGACCCCGAGCUCUCCACCAGCGGGGGAAUGCGGCCUAGCCGGGCUGGCAGCUGGCCACACUGUCCUGGUGCCCAGCCCCCAGCCCUGGAGGGACCCUGGAGUCCCCAGCACCCACAGCCACAGCGCCGGGCCAGCCACGGAUCGGAGAAGAAGUCAGCCUGGCGCAAGAUGAGGGUGUACCAGCAAGAAGAGGCCCUUGGUGGCCCUGAGGCCCACGCUGUCUUCCUGGAGCCAAGUCAGGCCUCGGAGCAGGAGCUGAGCACAGAGGAGCCCCGGCCCGCGGGGCUGCCUGGGCCUGUUCCCGGGGGCCUCGAGGGGCCUGAGCGGAGGCGCUUCUCGGCCUCUGAGUUAAUGACCCGCCUGCACUCUUCCCUGCGCUUGGGGCGGAAUUCAGCAGCCAGGGCAUUGAGCCCAGGGUCAGGGUCAGGCCCCGGAGCUGCCCGAGAAGGGAAAGCGUCUGGAAGAGACUCGCGCAGUGUAGAGAUGAGGGUGGACGCCACGGCGACGCCAGCUCCUGUUGACCUGAGCGGGGUCCCCGGCAGCUGGCCGGAGCCCAGGCUGGAUGCGCGGGAAGAGCCGGUGCCCGGGCCCCGGAGCGCCAGCGAGCGGCGCCAGUCCCGGUUCCUGCUUAACUCCGUCCUCUACCAGGAAUACAGCGACGUGGCCAGCGCCCGCGAGCUGCGGCGGCAGCAGCGCGAGGAGGAGGGCGCGGCGGACGAGGCUGAGGGCGCGGAGGAGGGCCCGGGGCCGCCGCGCGCCGACCUCUCCCCGAGCAGCUCGUUCCGGGCGCAGCGCGCCGCUCGGGGCUCCACUUUCUCGCUGUGGCAGGACAUCCCCGACGUGCGCGGCAGUGGCGUCCUGGCCACGCUGAGCCUGCGCGACUGCAAACUGCAGGAGGCCAAGUUUGAGCUGAUCACAUCCGAGGCCUCCUACAUCCACAGUCUGUCGGUGGCCGUGGGCCACUUCUUAGGCUCGGCCGAGCUGAGUGAGUGCCUGGGGACACAGGACAAGCAGUGGCUGUUCUCCAAACUGCCCGAGGUCAAGAGCACCAGUGAGAGGUUCCUGCAGGACCUGGAGCAGCGGCUGGAGGCAGACGUCCUCCGCUUCAGCGUGUGCGACGUGGUCCUGCAGCACUGUCCGGCCUUCCGGCGCGUCUACCUGCCCUACGUCACCAACCAGGCCUACCAGGAGCGCACCUACCAGCGCCUGCUCCUGGAGAACCCCAAGUUCCCUGGCAUCCUGGCUCGCCUGGAGGAGUCUCCUGUGUGCCAGCGGCUGCCCCUCGCCUCCUUCCUCAUCCUGCCGUUUCAGAGGAUCACCCGCCUCAAGAUGCUGGUGGAGAACAUUCUGAAGCGGACAGCACAGGGCUCUGAAGAUGAAGACAUGGCCACCAAGGCCUUCAAUGCCCUCAAGGAGCUGGUGCAAGAGUGCAAUGCCAGUGUGCAGUCCAUGAAGAGGACAGAGGAGCUCAUCCAUCUGAGCAAGAAGAUCCACUUUGAGGGCAAGAUCUUCCCGCUGAUCUCUCAGGCCCGCUGGCUGGUUCGGCACGGGGAGCUGGUGGAGCUGGUACCCCUGCCCGCGGUGCCCCCAGCCAAGCUGAAGCUGUCUAGCAAGGCGGUGUACCUGCACCUCUUCAAUGACUGCCUGCUGCUCUCCCGGCGGAAGGAGCUGGGGAAGUUUGCCGUCUUUGUUCAUGCCAAGAUGGCUGAGCUGCAGGUGAAGGACCUGAGCCUCAAGCUGCAGGGCAUCCCCGGCCACGUGUUCCUCCUUCAGCUCCUCCACGGGCAGCGCACGAAGCACCAGUUCCUGCUGAGGGCCCGGACGGAGAGUGAGAAGCAGCGAUGGAUCUCCGCCAUGUGCCCCUCCAGCCCCCAGGAGGACAAGGAGGUCAUCAGCGAGGGGGAAGACCACCCCCAGGCUCAGUGUGUCAGGGCAUAUAAGGCACUGCAGCCAGACGAACUGACUUUGGAGAAGACGGACAUCCUGGCCGUGAGGAUGCGGACCAGUGACGGCUGGCUGGAGGGGGUGCGCCUGGCAGAUGGCGAGAAGGGCUGGGUGCCCCAGGCCUACGUGGAGGAGAUCAGCAGCCUCAGUGCCCGCCUCCGGAACCUGCGGGAAAAUAAGCGGGUCACACGUGCCACCAGCAAGCUGGGGGGGCCCCCCGUGUGACGGCGGCCGUGGCCCGGGGCAGCAGCCCCACGCCGCUGCCUGGACAAGUGUGCAGGGGACCUGCGGCGUCCCCACGCACCCCCCUCGCUGCCGCUGGGGCUCCUGUUCUCAUGCCUGGCUUCGAGGGUGCAGGCUGGACGCAGGCGGGGUUGCCUCCGAAGAGUCUCCCCUGUCCUCCAGCUCCUCUGAGUCCACAGUUCAGGGAUGAGGGUCAUUUAUCACUCUGGCUCGUGCCCUCCGGAACCUGCCCUCUCCCUUUCCUGCCCUCUACCCUGCCCAUCUUGGUCCCUCUGGCAGGGACCUGACUGGCAGGGGCUCUGGGCGCUGGGCCCUAUCUGUGUAGACAGAUCUGGAGUCUUCUGGCCUGAGCCUGUGUGGGCCCCGGUUGCUGUGACUUACCUGUAAAUAAACGCCCGUAAUGCCUUU